UAUGGGAAAUAAAUCAUCUAAAAAUAAGAAGGAUUGUUUUAUGACUAUGUAAAUUGGAAAGAGAUAGCCUAUUUAAGUGAUUAUAAGAUUAUUUGAUCAAUAAUGUCCAAAAACUUGUUAAAAUUUCAGAAAAUUAUGUUAAACAAAAUAUGGAGGAACAAAUUUUCAUAGAUGUACUGAAAAUUUCAUUGCUUAAGGAGGAGAUUAUGAAAGAGGUGAUGGCACUGGAGGUACAAGUAUAUGGGGAAAUUAUUUCAAGGAUGAAAACUUUAUUAUUAAACAUGAUAAAAGAGGAAUUGUUUCAAUGGCAAAUAGAGGUGCUAAUACAAAUGGAUCUUAAUUCUUUUUUACUUUAAAUGCUUGUCCAUAACUUGAUGGUAAACAUGUUGCAUUUGGAGAAAUUAUCUCUGGUUUUGAAAUUUUAGAUUAGAUUUCUGAAAUAUCAACUUAUGGAGGAGAUCCUAAAGAAUUAGUACAAAUACUAGCAUCAGGAAUAUGCUAAUGA